AUGCCGCACCAUUAUUCCACGGAAAUGUGGGAGCGCACGCACAAGGGCACGGUUAAGGGUCCAGUAAGAGGGAGCAACUGGAGCGACAUUCCACGCCGCAUUGUGGAGGAGGAGGUGCAGCGAGAGGUGUACCGUGAAGUGGCUGCAGACGCGGGGGGUGGGCGACAGUACGCGACCGCAUUGAGCGAGGCAAUCAAGACGAGGAAACCGGUGCUUACAAAGAAGUAUCGGAUCAUGCGCAUAGGGGGGGAGUCGGAUCCAGUGUACAACGAGUACACCGCCGCGCUUGGAGACGAGAUGAAGGGGAUGGCCGAUGAGUUCAAGGCGUUGGGGCUGUCUACCAACAACGUGCAGGUCCACACGGCGGUGGCCAUUCCGCGCACAAGGGGCGGAGAGCUAGUGGCAAAAGGGACAUUUGUGAAGGCGUCUCCCCGAGAGAGGUGGUAUUCGGACGUGGCACUGCUGAACAACAAGAAGGGGGACUGGUUUGCAAGAUGUCUGUGCAUCUUCAGGGCGGUUGACCGCGAGGGGGACUGGAAGGGGUACGCAUACGUGCGGUACUAUGAGGGGGCGGGAAGAUGCAAGCUUAUGGGGUGCAAGCAGCUGCACAAGAAAGUGGAUAAGAGUGCUACAAUGGGUGACCUGAAGGGACUGCUGGCUACCGCGCACCCGGACGACGUGUUCUGCUUCCACGAGAUUAAUUUUCUCCCGAGCCGGCUUCCGAAGACGUACAUUCCGGAUAAGCGUGUUGGGGCGGAGCGGAUUGUCAGCGUCGGCAUUCUUUACAACGCGACGGGGAGUUGUUCCGCGGUGCCUCUGGUUGUUCUAUCGCCGUACGAUAGGCCCGAGCGCAGGCGGGGGAGCGCGGCAUGUCGCAAGGUGGCUGUCCGGUAUACGCAUCGCGGGCGGUUGACGCCGGAGGUACGGGACAAUGUCCGUGAUCGCAACACCCUCAUCCUAACCAUUCACGAGGCGCAUCGCAUCACAGGCGAGGUGGCGCGACCCGUCACGGAGCACGGCUUCAGUGUGCAGCACCUGAACAACACCCGAAUCGUCAACAUUCGUGGGUCGGUUCCUGAAGGGGGCCUUCCGCACCUCCAGGGAGUGGAGGAUGCGCUGAAGGGCCAUUACCGCGUUAUGCUCAUGAAGCGUGCGAUAGCGGCGAAGCGGUUCCAAUUCGACUAUUCGGCAUCGAUCGCGGACGUGGAUUAUGGCCUCAUGCUCGAGUGGCUGGGAGAAGCGUGGACUCGCGUGUGCGCCGUCACCAUGCAGAGGAGCUGGUGGCGCGCCGGAUGCGUGCCACCGAGCUGGCCGCCACUGAUGGCGUACCUGAGUGACACGAGCGCAACGGGCAUGUUUGAGCCCCUCAUUGCGAUAAGCGUCGAGCUGCAGUUGCUAAUCGAGAAGUUCAAGAUGAGGCCUGCGUGCUAUAUGACGGCGGCCGAGUUUGUCAACUGCGACGCGGGACUCUGCGUGGAGCAGGCGUUUAGGGCCACACCUGCGGCCAGCGCGUCGGAUGACUCGUCGGGCGAGAUGAGUCUGCCAGACGGCCCACUGCUGCGUGACGAGCGCAGCAGGCGGCGCGUGAUUCGCAACGUAACAAAUGCGUACGUGGAGCGUGCCGACGCGCUCGGCAUUCCCCCGGCCCUCGUGCCAGCAGAGGUCGGAGCAUCUAACCAGGAGGUGAUUUCCCGCCUCGGCAGGACGCCAGUCAAGCGUGCGCGCGCGGGGAUGCGCCCGGAGGACGUGCCAGACCCAGCGGUGCGCGAGACUGAGGACGACGAGUGA